UCGUAGUACCGGGACGGUUUCCUAAUCUUCCCGAAUAAUAUCAGCUACGAAGCUUGCCUUGUUUCAGUGCAGACACAAGACUCACUCUCUUAACAGUUGUACCACCGAUUAAGGAAACCACGUUAAAAAAGAAGAGGCACGAAGCAAGUAGCACUGCAUUGGCGCACCCACAAUCCCUCGUUCGAACCCCAAGCUACGUUCUGAUCGCUCGGCAAAGGCAGCAAAGCUCUCGUUACUUCUCACUGUGGAAGAAGAAGCAUUCGAAGAUCAUAUGACCCUGAAAUGCUAGGGCACAAAGUAUGCCGAUGAAAAACUUCAUAACCUCUCUCUUCGAAGCCGCUACACCCACCUCCUCGGCCGAGUCUCUCUCGCGCCUCAGGCCUCAUUUAAAGCCGCCUAAAACCUCUUCUUCUUCAGCCCCCAUUAGUAAAGGAGCAUCAGCAGAGAUUUCCUCUCUCCUCUCUGGCAUCAUUAACUUGAAGUCAUCUGAUUCGGCCUCUUCUUCAUCACCUAAAGAUGGGGUAUCAAUUGAGAAUGCCCUUGUUAUACCAUGGUUCUCAGAUGUGCUCCAUCCAAAUAUUUCACAGCGCCGUAAAGAGCUACUAAGAGAAAGAAAGAAGAAAUGGAUUUUCAAGAACACACAGAAUCGGCGCUUCGAGAGAUUAGUGAAAUUGUGUGCUGAUAAACUAGGAACAGAAGCAACACUUGAUGUUUUUAGUAAACUGGGGAGAGAAAAUGGUGUCAAGGAAUACAAUGCAUUGAUAAAAAUUUGCAUAGAGAAGGCACAACAAUGUGUUGAUGAGGAAGGAUCGUCUGCUCAAAUUCAUAGUGCUGUUCAACUUCUGAGAUCAAUGAAAGAACAAGGCUUAGAAUUGAAUGAAGAUUGUUAUGGUCCUUUACUUCUCUACUUGGCUAAUAAGGGCAUGUCCGAAGAAUUUCUUUUGUUGAGCGAACUGAUCAAGGAUGAGAACUGUGAGUCUUGUUAUCGAUUGGGUUACUAUGAAAUGCUACUCUGGAUCAAUGCUGAUAAUCAAGAAAAGAUUCAGGAACUGUGUGACUCUGUUGGAGUGGAAAAUACUGAGCAUAAUGUAAAGUUGGCUGCAAACUACUUCUUGGCUUUGUGUGAGAAUGACAAGAAGCUGGAAUUGCUGAGAUUGCUAGAAGUAAUAGACAUUAGAAAAGUUUCAUCAUCAGAUUGCUUGGCUGGUCUAUUUAAGGCCUUAGGGAGGUUAUCAAUGGAGGAUUCAGCAGAAAAGUACAUUUUUGCUUUGAAAGCCACUGGAAUAGGUGUGGAGUACUUGUCAUCCUUCAUUUGUGACUACACUAUUAGCUUGGCUAAUUUGGAGGUUGAAAAAGCUAUUUUGAUUUUGAAGAAAAUGCAUAAAAAGCUUGAAAUGCAGCCCUCUACCUUGUCAUAUGAAAAACUCAUCCAAUACUGCUGUGAGUCAUGCAAGGUACAUGCAGCACUUGAUGUGGUCGAGCAGAUGUGUCAAUCAGGGGUGACCCUAUCUGUUGAAACUCUUCAUCCAAUAUUGUGUGCUAGUGAGCAGAGCUGUGAGCAUGAUUUGGUUCGUCCGAUCUAUUCAGUGAUGCGUCACUAUGGACUGAAGCCAACUGCAGAAACCUUCAGAUUCAUGAUAAAUUUGUGCGUGAAGAUGAAAGACUUUGAAGGUGCUUACAACUUCUUGACUGAUUUGGAAGAUAUGAACAUGAUGCCAACUGCAAAUAUGUACAAUGCAAUCAUGGCUGGAUACUUCAGAGAGAAAAACACUCGAAGUGGAUUGAUGGUUCUCAAGCAAAUGGAGCAUGCAGAUGUAAAACCCAAUUCUGAGACUUUCUUCCAUUUAAUAUCAAAUUCUGAAUGUGAAGAGGAUCUCAAUAAGUACUAUGAAGAAAUGAAAAAAUUGGGAAUUCAAGUCACGAAGCAUGUACAUAUGGCACUUAUAAAUGCCUAUACGAAUUUUGGAAAAUUUGAUAAGGCAAAACAGGUUGUCAUUGAUCACAGGAUACUGGAUAAAAACAUGAAUGAGAUCAAGGGUGUUCUUGUAUCAGCUCUUGCAUGCAAUGGACAGGUUUCAGAUGCGCUUGGAGUAUAUGACGAAACUAAGGAAGCAGGGUCUACACCAGAGCCAAAAGCUAUAAUUAGCCUUAUUGACUCUCUUCGUUCAGAAGGAAACUUGCAUAAACUGCUCCAGUUGUUGUGUGAUUUGAAUGAUGUGAACCACUGGUGCGAUGGCUGUGGCAGGAUUGUUAACUAUUGUGUUCGUUUUAGAAACUUGAGUUGUGCUGUUGAACUACUCAAACUGCUCAAGGAGAAGGACGAGUUGCAUGCCAACAUUGUUUGUGAUCAGGCAUUUGGACAAAUAUGUGAUGGAGACCCUGCAGAUGUAGAGAUUGGUUUGGAAUUACUCCAGGCUAUGAAGGAAAACCUUAAUCUCUGUCCAUCACGAACAAGUCUUGAUUUCCUUCUUAGUGCUUGUGUUCAUGUCAAGAAUCCCCAUUAUGCCCAAUUAGUUUGGGAUGAAUAUCGGAAAGCUGGCCUUCCUUACAAUGUGCUGACUUCUUUAAGGAUGUUCCAGGUCUUUUUGGCUUCAGGGAAACAUGCAUGUGCCACAAAAAUUUUAAGGCGCAUAUCAAAAGAUGACCCGCACGUGCGUUAUAUCAUCAAGGCAUCCAAGAAAGCUUAUGAUAAGCAAAUGGGUUAAAAAAAUUCAUAGUUCCUCAUCUUCAGCCAUGUUCUUCAGAGAGAAAACCCAAUCAGUACAUUGUGGUUGCUGCAAAUGGUUUUACCUUGUUCAUUGAUGUCCAGAGCACGGAAAUAGUUGACCAUCAGACAACAGGUAAACCCUAUUAGAGGCAUUUUUUUAAUUUCUCAGUUGAUUGGUACAGUGAUAGAAUCCUCCUGUCAUUUUAAGAAAGAGCGAAAUACCUAUAUUUCCUACAGUGUUACGGCCUGUUUAAAUAUGACCUUUCUCCAUGAUGAAGUAUUUAACUGAUGUCAAUUUACCAUAAUAUUAAAAAUUGAGCUUUUCUACAAAUUUGUUUUGUAAAGUAAUUUAGUUAUAAGGAGAAAUCAUCUGUACCCAAAGUCUAUUAAUCAUAUCUAUAACAUGCUUUUUGAACUCUCACUUAGGUUGAGCAAUUUAAGGUUUUUCUGCAUGCUGCCAUGAAUUUGGUGCUGUUGGGCAGCAUGGCUGAAAAUGAAUGUGGUUUACGCAUACCUUUAGCUGCCAAAAAACUAACCCAAGAAGUCUGCACAAUGCCUCCACUAUGUGAGUUCGACAAAAACUGAAAGUUCUUGUUUUCAUUCAAGUCCCAAAUUGAUGGGCUGUGGUGAAGCACUGACCACAUAUUGACUAAAUUACAAAUUGGCAGCAAAAACCGGGUUCAGCCUUUCUUGGAAAUAAUGAGAUUGUUUUUGACAUCUAUGGAUAAAUUGAUUAUGGUAUGGAUGGUCUUGAGUUAAAAAUAUUGCCUUUUAGGGCCAAUUUUUCUCAUUCAAAUGUUAGUUUAUGUUUCAUGUUCAUCAAAAGGAAUAGAGCAAUUCUCAGCAUGCUCCUCAUGCUAACAAGAUCAAAGACAUUUGCUGUGAACAGGACGCUAGUUUUGUGUAACUUAGAAUCUCUAUAUCAUUCAUUGGGAGGAUCCGGAUGGCGAGCCAUCCAAACAGAUAGUUCAGACACCAAAGAAAGCCCUUCUACACACAUGCAUAGUCUGAGUGGUCCAUCCAGAAUAAGUUCUUUACAAACUGACUGUUCUACUGUCAGUCAAGUCAAAAACAAACAGAAGACUUCAAUAUAGGUGAUAUAUGAGUUGUUUACAAGAUAUAAUGGAAUAAGGAUCAAUUAAGUUAGAGAUGAAUGUAUCCGGAAGUGGAAGUUAGUUUUGAUAUUUCUUUCCAACUACUGUGCUUAUGGUGUUUGGGUAUUUGGGCAACAAAAAGUUAUGAAAUUGUGUAGUGCUCAUAGCUUAUGGACUGGGUACUUGUGCAUUUUUCCAGAGGUGAAAUCGUUGCCAUUAUGACAUUUUUAUCAGUUAAAAGGCAACUCGUGUUCGGAAGAUGGCAAGAAACUGAGAGAAGCACUCUUCUUGUCGUAGGAGCUAUUGUGAAGGAUACUAAUGCAUAUUCCAAUUCUUGAGAGUCAGAAUGCCUCCUGUGAGUCCUUUGUGUCCCACUGAAGUUGACAUGCGUGUCAUAUAGUAUCUAAAUGGCCCCUGUUUUGGUAAUUGAUGCAGGGAAUAAGGUUUACUAUCCUUUCGUUCUUGCAAAUUUCUUUCUAUUGGCAACCUUUUUGUAUCAUUCAUUACUCAUCCCAUGUUUCUCUUUUUGUGAUUGCAGUGAUCUUACUGUCAGAAGGUUCAGGGCUAUAUGAGGAUGGAUAGUUUCUUGUGAUAGAAAUUGAGUUGGUCCUAAAGAUCAAUGGUGUUCUUAAUUAUUUAAUAUUGUAUCAAUCUAUCUGUUGUACUAAUAAGUAAACACCAUUGUUUCCUUAAUGGCUAAGUUGAGAAUUCUGCAAAUCCCACAGUAAUUCCCAUAUGUAGAGUAUUGCUUGUAAUUUGGUUUUCAGGUGUUAUGUUUCCGUUGCUUGUUAAUCACAUAAUUGUCUUUGGAUUAUGACUAGAGUGAGGUUCAAAUCGGUUUCAACUGAA